AUCUCUAUAGGUUAUGUAAUAUCAAUUUAUAUUGUUAUAUUAACGCGCACUAAAUUUCAUUUGACGAAAUUAUUAGACAUUUAUUCUUGAAAAAUGGUUCGUGCAUGGUACAUGGAUGACAGUGAUGCUGAUCAAAGGUUGGAACACCGAAAGGAAUCAACUGAUCUUAUAUCAUUGUCUAACUUGUAUGCAAUAACUGGUGUGGAAUAUUUUAAGGUGGAUCAUAAAAAUCACUUAAAUGAUUCUACAUUGAACGAAUUAAAAGAAAAACGUGGAUAUACUUAUGAAGAUGAAAUAACAUGUUCGAAAGAAUGUCUCGCUAAUUAUGAAGAAAAGUUGAAGAAUUUCUUCACUGAACAUCUUCAUACGGAAGAAGAAAUACGUUUGGUUUUGGAUGGGUCAGGUUACUUUGAUGUAAGAGAUAAAGAUGAUCAAUGGAUUCGUAUUGAAGUUGAACCAGGAGAUUUAAUUAUUAUUCCAAGUGGUAUAUAUCAUAGAUUUACUUUGGAUACUAAAGAUUACAUACAAGCUAAAAGAUAUUUUAUUGGAAAACCUGUAUGGACACCAUAUAAUAGACCAGCUGAUAACAUGAAUUGUCGUCAACAAUAUCUUGAACAAUUAAAAAGUGGCUUUAAAACCAAUUAAAAGAUUUAUACGUGCAUUUUCAAAAAAAGAUUUAUUAAUUUCUAUUUUUAUAUGCAUAUAUAUAU